AUGCUUUCUGGCCUCCUGAGCCCUCAUCAGCCCAUCUCUAUCCAAGGCUGUGCCACUCAGCUCUUCUUCUAUCUCACCUUUGGUAUCAGUAACUGUUUCCUGCUCACGGCCAUGGGGUAUGAUCGCUACAUGGCCAUCUGCAACCCACUACGGUAUUCAGUCAUCAUGGGUAAAGAGGCCUGUAUGCACUUGGCAUCUGGGUCCCUGGGAAUUGGCCUGGGUAUGGCCAUUGUCCAGGUAACAUCUGUGUUUGGCCUGCCCUUCUGUGAUGGUUUUGUCAUCUCUCACUUCUGUGACGUGAGACCCCUGCUGAAGCUGGCCUGCACGGACACCACUGUCAAUGAGAUUGUCAACUUUGUUGUCAGUGUUUGUGUCCUUGUUCUACCCAUGGGCCUGGUCUUCAUCUCCUACAUCCUCAUCAUCUCCACCAUCCUCAAGAUUGCGUCAGCCGAGGGCCGGAAGAAGGCCUUUGCCACCUGCGCCUCCCACCUCACGGUGGUCAUUGUCCACUACGGCUGUGCCUCCAUCAUUUACCUGAAGUCUAAGUCCCAGAGUUCCCUGGGGCGGGACAGACUCAUCUCAGUGACCUACACCGUCAUCACGCCUCUGCUGAACCCUGUCGUGUAG